AUGCAUCCCCGCAGUGCCUUGUUAGACACAAAUCGAGACAGCACCGUCGAUUUGAUCGGUGACUCGGACGUUACGGGAAAGCAGGAAUGGACCGAGUCUCACGGCGCUGUGUUCCUUCCGAAUAUCGGAGAUACCGACAGACGCUGCUCUAAGAAAGCUCUUAGCGGUCAACCCCUGUCCAACGAGGAGCUGGACAAGUGUAAUGAUGCCUCGGACAAUGUCCAGCGAGCUCCCCACCUGAUGGCUCCUGUCCGGACGGUCCCCAUUCCGGGCCUUCCCAGCGAUGCCCAAGGCUUUGUCUCCGUUGUCCAAAAGCCAGCGCAAGAAAGUGUUCGCAUUUUUCGCCCUGAUGGUGAUGGGUGGGCGCUCGUGAAUGCCACUCACGCGUUUCCUAAGAAAGAGCUGGAGAACGGAUUGAAGCUUGGUGUUGAUGGACGUGAUACUCGUCGUCCUAAUGGCUGGAACGGUCAUGCCACUCUGCGCUUUUCGAUCAUCGGCAAAGAUUUGAACUCAACGGAUGAACAGGUUAUUACUGUUGAAGGAAACACUACCGGAACCCCGUGGCAGAAGAAAUAUACCGAACACCUCUCAAAGGCCGUCAGUAACGUAAGUCUUGAUACUGAUGUCUACCUGUGCAACCACAGCGAUGAUAUCUGGGCCCAGGACUUCAUGGAGCCCGGGUUCGCCAAUAUGCCCGGGCCUAACGGCACCAUCUCUAUCCGAAUUAUGAUCCGUUGUUCCCAGGACUCUCGCGUCGCUGGUCGCCAGCUGUUCGAAUACUGCCGCAAAGCUAGAGUUAGAGCAGUCCAGCACCUAGGCGGUGCGUGCGACGGGAUCAAUUCGAGCGGAAAUAUUGAAGCCGUCCCUCCACACACUGCCCACGGAAAGUCGUGGCCGGCUGGGCGCGUUAUUAUCGGUACCCACGGUGACCAGAAGCAUCAUAUUUUACCCUAUCUCCAAGCGCAGCAGACGCAGGACCCGAUCCUCCUCGAUACUGACUGGCUAGCUAUUGGUCAUGUGGACGAGUUCCUGCAAUCCCUGCCGGCUGACAAUGAACGCGGGUGGCUGGUGGUCGUCGAUGACCCCAGGGCAGGAAUUCAGCUGCUCAACGAUCUCAAGGCAUCCGUCACGCCCUCUACUAUCACCCAGGCCCUCGACGAUACGGAGCUGCUGGAAAUCAACCGCAAGUGUGCCGAACGCAUUGACGCCAACAUCGAGAUCCUGAAAAAAGAAGUCGGUCUGACCGACGAGGAUUUCAUCCACAUUCCUGCCCUGUUCGAGAAUAGCGAGUUCACUGGUGGUGACUCUCAAACUCUCAAAGUGGGUUCGUACCUCCCAGGCGUUGUCAACAAUCUCGUUCUCAGCGGCUUCAACACCUGCAUUGCGCCCAACCCAUGGGGACCCUCUCCGAACGGCACCGAUGUCUUCGCAGCGGCAAAUCGCAGCAAAUACGCCGACAUUGGAAUCAAGCUCGUCUUCAUUGACAAGUGGAACACCCACCAUAACUAUGGCGGCGAGGUUCACUGUGGUAGCAACUCGAUUCGUGAUAUGUCGCAGGCCUGGUGGUGA